AUGAACAUGUUGUCAAUUCCGAUUCAACAUUUACAACAAUCUGACUUUCACAUUAAUACUGAAACUGAUCAUAUAAUAUUACAUGGCAACAUGGAUGAAUCUGCAGGCGUCAUACUUCGUGGUUCAGUUGUCCUCAAUUGUCAUGAAACAACAAAAGUAAGAUCAAUCACUUUAAAGUUCAUUGGUAAAGCAAAAGUAAACUGGAUAGAAGGUCUUGGAUCUCAUCAACGUCAUUAUAAAGAAGAAAAAACACUUAUAAAACAUGAAUGGUGUUUCUUAAGUCCUAAUAAGAAAACAUAUCAUUUACCAGAAGGCCACUAUAAAUGGGAUUUUGAACUUCCUUUACCAGGCGAUUUACCAGAAUCUGUCGAUCAUGAGCUUGGUCAAGUUUAUUAUCGUCUUAAAGCAGUCGUAGACCGUCCAACAUUUUCAAUGAACUAUAGUGAUCGAAAAGAGUUACGUGUUUCACGUGUACUUUUACCAUCUUCCUUGGAACUCUCACAAUCUUUAGUCAUAUCUAAUACUUGGGUAGAUAAACUGAGUUACGAUAUUAGUGUACCUAGUAAAGUAUUCUCGAUGGGUAGUUUGAUCCCAAUUACCUUUGCACUUGUACCUAUUGCCCCUGAUUUACAAGUGAGAUCUGUAUCUUGUGUUCUGAAGGAGUACAUCACUUUAUCAGCCGAAGAUCAUUCUAGAAUGGAAGGAAAAGUGAUAAAGCUUUUAAGAGAUGAACAGUUUAAUUUAGGCCCGGAUCCAUGGACCAAAACUGAGCUUCUGCCUGUACCUGAUUAUACUUCACAUCUCGUCUUGACAGAUUCCUUGUGUGACUUGAUAAAGGUUAAACAUAAACUGAAGUUUAUCGUUUCUUUAAUCAAUGCGGAUGGUCAUAUUUCAGAGCUGAGAGCAGCUAUCCCUAUUGUGAUUGCAGAGAUAUCUCCAGAAGAAGAUGAGAAUGCUUUACCGUCUUAUGAAGAUGCAUGGAGAUCAGCACCUUAUGAUCCACAACAGGUAUCUCAAUUAAUUGCUAGAGGUGAUUUACCACCUUCUAUAGCAAUAUCAGCUCCUAAUGAAGCAGCAAGUGGUGUCAAUGCCAUGUUAUCUUCUUCUGAUACAGAUGAUGAAAAUGAUUCAAUACGUAAUAAUAAUACGACGCCAGCUUGGGAAGGCAUUGAUCUCUCAAGGGUACCAUCUUAUACAACAGCUAUUCGAUCAAAUCGACUUUAUAGUUUUUCUGGUUCAUUACCUGGUUAUGAUGCUGUUGUAGCCGUACCAGGAAGAAGCUCAUAA